UGCACAUCAUUGAUCAGGAAAGGAAAAGGGCAUUAUUAAGAGUGUAAACAAGGUAUGGUUUGAAACACACAUCAAAUAGUAAUCUCAUAAAUGUGAAUUAUGAGACAUGCUAAGAUAAACAAAGCAUCCAUAUAGUUUUACAAGAAAGUGGUACAUUACUGUCACAGUGUUAAACUGUGUUCUGUGUUUGUGUGUGUUUAUUGUGUCAGUCACUGAUCAUCAGCAUCACCUGGACUCAUUAGUUAAUUACCUGCCUCUUGUCACCAGCUGUUACCAAUCACCUUUUGUAUAAAUGCUGUGUCCUGGGUUGUGUCUUUGUGGGAUCGUUGUUCUAUGUCACUGGUUGUUUGCUCCUGUUCACCAUCUGUCUUACUCCUUGGAAUGUCUACUAUUUGUACUACUGUGAACUUUAAUUAUGUUUAUUAAAACUGUUUAACCUGCACAUCCUUCUCAUCAAUUGUACCGUGACAGAACGAUCCCACCAGUAUAGAAGGAGCGAGUUAUCCAGUCACAGGAUUUGGACACAGGGAUUCACAGAUGGAUCAAUCACAGGAGAACGACUUGGAGCGGGUGAGACCAGCACUGAGUGCCAGGGUGGCGGACCGGCAGCAACAGAUCCAGUUGUUGCGGAGUGGUUCCGCGUCACCCACACCAUCCGUUUCCCCCAACCCCAUGGAGUCGAGUGGUCAGCUGGAGCCUAGCACAGAAUUUCCUGAGAGAUACGCUGGUGAGCCUAAGUUAUGUGAAGACUUUAUUAACCAGUGUUCUCUGCAUUUGGAUGUGCAUCGCAGGACUUUUGAGACUGAGGACUCUAAGGUGAUGUUCGUGUUACUUCUGCUGACCGGCCCUGCGGCCAUAUGGGGGACGGAGGUGUGGGAGAACCAGCACCCAUGCUGUGCUACUUUCAAGGCACUGACGAGGGAGAUGAUUCGGGUGUUUGGCAAGACUGAGGUGAAGUCCCCCUCUCAGAGAUCCAGGAGGUCUCGCCGUAGGAAUUUUUUGAGGGGGUGUAGUGUGCACCAGACGCUGCGGACUGGGAGACUAAGCCUGCAGGAACAGACACCCGAGUCGUUUCAAAAGACGGCGGCCACGCCUGAACCCCUUCACAGAAUUGCUGCCACACCCACUCCUUUGCACCAAACUGCCUUGAUGAACUCUCCAGCGCUGCCUGAGUUCCGAUGUUUAAUCGCCAGUCUGGUGGAUACACCACUGGUAUCUGUACGGGUGGCUGGGGUGCCCCGUCCUGUGCUCCCCAGCUCUGUGGUGUCUGAGGAUCCUUCGUCUGAGUCAUCUGAGCCGAGUGAGUCAUCUGAGCCGAGUGAGUCAUCUGAGCCGAGUGAGUCAUCUGAGCCGAGUGAGUCAUCUGAGCCGAGUGAGUCAUCUGAGCCGAGUGAGUCAUCUGAGCCGAGUGAGUCAUCUGAGCCGAGUGAGUCAUCUGAGCCGAGUGCUGAACUCUCUGCCGGUUGCAAGAUGGCGGUUCCCAAGCUCUCAGCCCUCACUGCCUGGUCCAAGAAGGCCAGGGUUGAACUCUCGUUCCUAUUUAACCUGGUCCAGAGGGCCUCUUUCUAUUGUCUCCCUCUACCCAGGUUCCUGACACCACCAGCACCACCCUGGGUUCCUGUCCAGCCGGUUCCGCCCUGGCUUCCUGCCUUGCUGGGGUCCCUGCCUCCGCCCGCGGCUCCGCCCUGGUUUCAGCCUCCGCCCGCGGCUCCGCCCUGGUUUCAGCCUCCGCCCUGGCUCCAGACUCCGCCCGCGGCUCCGCCCUGGCCCCAGCCUCCGCCCGCGGCUCCGCCCUGGCUCCAGCCUCCGCCCGCGGCCCCGCCCUGGCCUCCUGCUCUGCCGGCCCCGCCCUGGCCUCCUGCUCUGCCGGCCCCGCCCUGGCCUCCUGCUCUGCCGGCCCCGCCCUGGCCUCCUGCUCUGCCGGCCCCGCCCUGGCCUCCUGCUUUGACGGCCCCGCCCUGGCCUCCUGCUCUGCCGGCCCCUGCUCUGCCGGCCCCGCCCUGGCCUCCUGCUCUGCCGGCCCCGCCCUGGGUUUCUAGACCCUCCAUCCCUCCCCCAGAUCCACCUCCGUUCCUCCACCCACCUGAACUUUUAUGUGUUGUCGUAUGGAGUGUCUGGAAUCCACUCCUUUAGGGGGGAGUACUGUCACAGUGUUAAACUGUGUUCUGUGUUUGUGUGUGUUUAUUGUGUCAGUCACUGAUCAUCAGCAUCACCUGGACUCAUUAGUUAAUUACCUGCCUCUUGUCACCAGCUGUUACCAAUCACCUUUUGUAUAAAUGCUGUGUCCUGGGUUGUGUCUUUGUGGGAUCGUUGUUCUAUGUCACUGAUUGUUUGCUCCUGUUCACCAUCUGUCUUACUCCUUGGAAUGUCUACUAUUUGUACUACUGUGAACUUUAAUUAUGUUUAUUAAAACUGUUUAACCUGCACAUCCUUCUCAUCAAUUGUACCGUGACAAUUACAGAUACAAACAUGCAAUACAAGGAUAUAUAUUAUAUACAAUUUAAACCAAUUUAUUUUGGUCUUAGCUGUGAUCUUAGACAGACACAUAUUUGUGUCAUGGCUGCUUCGUCUCUUGCCACAGUUUGAAGUUUGCUUUGAGGUGUUAAUUUGCUUAGAUUGGCACAAUAAAGACAGCCAGAGAGAGUCGAUAGGUCUGGAAAUGUGUGUUAUCAGGAGAUUAGGAUCUUCUGAUGAAAGCGUCCGAGCAGACCUGGUGACAAAAGUCAAUCUAGGGUCACAGCAUGAAACCGUUAACGACCCAGACUGAAGAGACCUCCAGUUGACGUCCAGCCAGAUGUUACAGGCGGAAUACAUUUUUUUCUUAGUUGCUUAAACACAUUUCUUGAAACUAUGCCUCAUAUUCUCAAAACAGUAAAUCACAAUUGCAUAACAUAUCACCCAAUACUCCAAACAUCCUAUUUUCAGGUCAAAAUGAAGCUCUACUACACUAAAAACCAUUCACUUUUACUGAAAAAAACAGACUUUUCCCUCAGACAACAAACACAAGCUUUCAAAAACACACACACUACAACAUAGUAUUACACACUGGUGCAAUAAAUUCAAAACAAUAUAUCCAAAACUGGUAAGUUGCUUGUGGUUCUCCCGCUCAAAAACCUUUGCACAUGACCAAAAAAGACACAAUCAAUGUAUGCAUUAGCACAUUUAUAUUCAUUCAUGUGCUACACAGCACAACUGAAAAACAUUUUUUUUUUA